UAUGCAGUUAUGUCUUUUACCGGAGAAAGUCUUCACAUUAAGCUGUCUCUUCGUCCUAUAUAUACACCCUCCACAGAUGCUUCCUCUUUCCAUAAAUACUCACCUCUUGCUCUUUCCAGUCUCCAACCAUAUGGCUUCACUCACUUGUUCAGCCUCACAAUUGGCUCCUCUCCUCUCCUCCACCAGAAACUCCACGGAAGCUGCCACUUACCUCUGCUCCCAAUUCACCGCCAUAGCCAACCAGCUCUCUGACACAUCCUAUGCCGUUAAUAACACCUACCUCCUCUUCUCCGCCUACUUGGUCUUUGCCAUGCAACUGGGAUUUGCCAUGCUUUGUGCAGGCUCCGUCCGGGCCAAGAACACCAUGAACAUAAUGCUUACUAACGUUCUUGAUGCUGCUGCCGGAGGUCUCUCUUACUAUCUUUUUGGAUAUGCUUUCGCCUUUGGCUCUCCAAGCAAUGGAUUCAUUGGCCGCCAUUUCUUUGGCUUAAAUGACUUCCCUUAUCCUCAAGCUGACUAUAGCUUCUUUCUUUAUCAAUGGGCUUUCGCCAUAGCUGCUGCUGGGAUCACCAGUGGCUCCAUUGCAGAGAGAACCCAGUUUGUUGCUUACCUUAUAUAUUCUUCCUUUUUGACUGGCUUCGUUUAUCCUAUAGUCUCCCAUUGGAUUUGGUCCGGCGACGGCUGGGCUAGUGCUUCCAAAUCCGAUAAUAAUCUCCUAUUUGGGUCGGGUGCAAUUGACUUUGCUGGUUCUGGUGUGGUUCACAUGGUUGGAGGUAUUGCAGGCUUAUGGGGUGCGCUCAUUGAAGGUCCACGUAUAGGGAGAUUUGACCGGUCGGGUCGUUCCGUGGCAUUACGUGGUCACAGCGCUUCCUUGGUUGUUCUCGGUUCGUUUCUAUUAUGGUUCGGAUGGUACGGGUUCAACCCGGGUUCGUUUUUGACAAUUUUGAAGAGCUAUGGAGACAGGGGUGGGUAUUACGGUCAAUGGAGUGCUGUGGGAAGGACAGCUGUCACGACUACAUUGGCUGGGUGCACAGCUGCACUUACUACCUUAUUUGGCAAAAGAUUAUUAGUGGGUCAUUGGAAUGUAAUCGACGUUUGCAAUGGUUUAUUAGGAGGUUUUGCUGCGAUCACCUCAGGGUGCUCAGUGGUAGAACCGUGGGCUGCAAUCAUAUGCGGCUUCGUCGCAGCUUGGGUUUUAAUAGGAUGUAAUAAGCUCGCAGAGAAGUUUAAGUACGACGACCCACUAGAAGCCGCCCAAUUGCACGGCGGAUGCGGAGCAUGGGGCCUACUAUUUACAGGGUUGUUCGCCACCAAGAGUUAUGUGAACGAGGUGUACCCUAAUAAGCCAGGACGACCAUAUGGGUUGUUCAUGGGUGGUGGUGGGAAGCUUUUAGCUGCUCAGAUCAUUCAGAUUUUGGUGAUAUCAGGAUGGGUGACGGUGACGAUGGGCCCACUGUUCUACGGGCUUAACAAGUUGCGGUUGUUGAGGAUCUCAAAUGAGGAUGAAACGGCAGGGAUGGAUCUAACUAGGCAUGGAGGAUUUGCUUAUAUAUACCAUGACGAGGAUGAUCCAUCUCUUAAACCUUCAUUAAUGAUGAGAAGGAUUGAGCCUACUGAUGAAUCCACGCCAAAUCAUCAGACGUCCCCGACUAUGAUCAAUGUUUGAUCAAAUUUUGUCACUUUCUCGAGAAAAAUGUCUUUCCUUUUUUCGUGUUACAAUAAUGUAUAUUAAGUGUCCAAGAGAAUUUAAUAUGGCAAGAAUUUAAC